GCAAACUUUUUGCAAAUCGAUCCAACAAGUGGUCCCAGAUCCUUGACCGAAGAUAACGGAUCGUCUAUGUCAAAUACCUACAGUACUAGAUCUUCAGAUUUACAUCGGUUGAAAAAAUGACCAUUCUAUGGGAGAUCCUUGAUGAACAUGUGCAUGAGUCUCUCCGUGUGUGUAUGCGAUCAAGAGGAUCCAAAUGAGCACCAGUGUCUUCUGAUGUCACAACGCACAGGUCGAGCAGCUGAAGUUGCAUGAGAAAGGAUAGACGCGACAGACUUCUCCUGAAACGCAAAAUUUUAAGAAUUUGUUGACAAAUAUCGAGUAUUGUUCUCACUGAAAAGCCGUACUUCUUCUUCUUCAACUUUCAAUCAUUUUUGCAGAAAAAAACAAGUAUCAAGCAUGUCGUCGGCGAUCUUGAAGCAGGUGGAGAGCCUGCUCCAGCCAGGCGAGCGAAUCGUGACCGACGCCGAGCGAGAGGCGCAGGACAACGAGAGGAAGGCUGCGGCAGCCGCACCAAAGCGAAUUUUCGACGUUCCUGCGAUCCAUGGGAUAUGAACUGCAAAAGUAUCGUACUAGUAGUAAUUGCAAUACAAAUUCGCUCAACAUGACAAAUGGGCUUUGUCAUGCUGAUUUGCCUUAGGAACGAAAUUUGUAAUGCAUGACUGCGAUUACUACAACACGUGUACGAUACUUUUGCAGAGCAUAUGGGAAGCUCGAGGAAAUUCGGUACAAGCCAGCACCUAAUACGAAGCACGUUCCAUGUAUGGAAGUGUCAGAAUCGAAAUUGACAAAAUCGAAAAACUUGUGAUGCAUAAAAUCGAUACCAGUUGGAGCCUCAGUUUGCAAGCGGCGCAUGACAAAUUUCGGGAGCACCCAAAUCCAGUCUGUCAUGCUGUUUGGGCAAAGAAGACUGCUCCUGUCAUGCUACUCUGGCAGCGCAUUGCAUACUCCUAAACAGGCUUACAAUCGGUCUCAUUUGCCUGCUCCCCAAUACAGGCCUCCAGUGCCCUACAUUUUAUGCAUCACAGAUCUUUCGACUUUGUCGAUUUCGAUCCUGACACAUCCAUACCAUGGGUCGAGACCUUAGCAAUCACCGCUGCAAAACCCCUGGACAAGACCCUGGUCAGCGAAGAUGUAAAGCGGGAGCAGGCCUUUCUCGAGCAAAGUACAAUUUUUUUCUGCGGUGAAGUUGUCUAGAUUUUUUGCAUAACUUGGAACAAGAAGUUUUUUCCUGCAUUUACUGUCAUUGUGCAGCACCAGGCCAUUAGGCCAAUCUGAAUUAUUUUCAAAAGUGACAACUGACAAGGACAACGCAUUUGAUUUCUUUCUGUUCUCUCCAGGCAAAGAGCUGGUCGCAGAGGGGUACCGAAGACUCCGGGUAAUGAAGAUUCCAGCGUCUAGGCCAGAGGACUUCCUCGCAGAAAUGUUCAAAACCGACGAGCAGAUGCUGAAGGUGCGCAGCCGCAUUGUGGAGGAGCAGAAACGCAUCACCGGCGUGGAGGAGCGAAAACGCAACCAGGCCAACGCUAAGUUCGGAAAGGCCGUCGGCGUCAAGCGCAUGGAAGCCCGGGCAAAACAGAAAAAGGCGACCUUGGAAGGAAUCGAGAAAUGGAAGUACAGUCUAGCUACUGAUAUGUUCUUCUACACACAGCACAUUUUUUUAUGCGUACACAUGGGUUGCUGUUGCUGAACUAAAAGUUUUAUCACAACCAGAACCGCUGCCACCAGAAGGCAGUGUAGUGCAUCCAUUUUGAAAAGUAAGUACUGGCGGCAGCAGCACAUGCAGCCUGUAGAUGAGAUUUUCUAUCGAGGAAACCACUCGUAAUCUUAAAACUCACAGGUCCGACAAGGGAAAGGAAUCCAAGUCUAUCGAAGAGGUAAUAGAUGGCGUCAAGGCGAAACAGCGGAAGUCUGAAAAGAAGGGAAAAGGCAAGGGAAAGGGCGGAAAGGGUGCAUCAUCAGGAGCUAAGGGAGGAAAGGGCAAGGGUAAGGGCAAGGGCAAGGGCAAGGGCAAGAGCGGAUCCAAGGGUAAGAAGGGAGGAGGCAAAAAAGGCAAAGGACGGGCAACGAAGAAGCGCUAAAGAGCGGACUGGUUCGCCCCUUUCCUUUGCAUAAGAAAAUGAACAAGCGAUAAUAGAGUCAAACACUCUUGGUGAACUGAAUCACUUGUGCGUGUUACGGCAACAAUCUGAACUAAAAAUACGAAAUGAACACUUGCUGUUGCUGCUACAACUGCUUGCGGCGCAGGAGC